UCUUAAAACAUUUGGCCAAACUUCUUCACCUCUCCACUUCUCCGCGCACAUAUUUUGGACCGAGACACCUUUGUCCCCCCCUCCCUGUCCCGACACGGAGGAGUAAUAUCUAAAUGGGAUUUGUACGUUUAAAGACACGUUUUUAUUUUUAAAAAACCUGUCUGGACCUUGUCUUUUCCUUCUUUUUGGCCGUUUGGUCCGUGAAGUGCUCACAGGACAGGAGACCGUUUUUGCUUGCUUUUAUUUUACUUUACUUUUUAUUUAACUUCUUUUUCGUCGUUUUUUUUGGUGAACGUGGAGGGACUCAUGCGAUGUCACGGAGCUAAAGAGACGAGUCCAUGUCUGUGACACGUUCUGUGGCGAGCGUGAGAAAGUGUUUUUUGAGUUAAUUUGUUUAAACCAGUUGAGCAACUGGCGACAGGACUCUAUAAUCAAUGUGGUGUCAGCUGGAAGGACGCGGGGUCCGGAUCUCACCUAAACGCUGAUACGUCCUGGGAGUGAUGCACUGGCUUCCCCUGGUUGCCAUGGUGAUUGCCUCGGCCCUGCCCUUCCCUCACAACCCCGUGUCCAGGAUCGCUGCGGCUGCGACGACGACGAUAAAGCCUGGCUCCGACGACCGCAGAGAGGACCGCCGGGACCCGGCUGCGCGCCUCGCAGCUCCGCGCGUGGACUACGAUUCUCGCGGAAAUGCCUCGCAGACGGACUCGGCCGUCGGCCAGAAACCCGACAGACGAGACCUCCACGACCGCAACGACGACGUGAAAUCCUCCGUACAUGAAGAGACCGCCACGCUCAGAGUGGACAAUCAAGGAAGUUACCGGUCGAAAAGCAACUCAGGCAGCGGCGGCAGAAGCGGCGUCAGUUUGGACGGGCGAACACUCAGGACCGAGGAUAUUUCCCAGGAUAAUUCUCCACCAAAGGACUACAAAGCUGACAGAAGCAGCAGGCAAGAGAUCUCCGGCGUCAUGGACUUUUACAAGAAGGACUCCACGGGCAGACCUUUGCAGGUUUCUGCAGCAGAAAACCACAACACUGCCAGUCCUGUUGCAACACUAAAGGCUCCGCAUGGACCAGAACCAACUGUUCCUUCAGAGCAGCUGCGAGAGACAUCAACGAUCAGGACGGGGACUGAGCAGAUGCCAGGGGCUGAGGAGAGCGCGACCCUGGAGGCAGGACCGGGUCUGGGCCCCGGACUCGACAGCCUCUUGGGAGACGAGAUGUUUCUGGACGCACAUCCACGAGUCCUCUUCUCGCCCUCGCUGUCUCCUCCAGAACACCCGCCUCUGCUGCUCAUGCUGGAGUCCGGCCUGCUGGAGGAGGACGGCGGCGGGGAGGAGCAGGAGGACAUGGACGGACACAUCGAGGGUCACGGGGAUCGGGCGAUUGACAGGAGCACGACCCCGAGCUGGACCGACUCCUCCAGAGUCACCGCCAGCGAGGCCGCGCGCCCCGCUAGGCGGGACAAGCGCUCGCACUUGAUGGACCGACGGCGAGGAGAGAAGUCCGUGUGCGAGUCGGAAAGUGUCUGGGUCACCGACAAGAGGUCCGCCAUUGACUCCCGCGGCCGGCAGGUCACCGUCCUGGAGGAAAUCCAGACCCAGACGGGACCGCUCAAACAGUUCUUCUACGAGACCCGCUGUCGCCAGGCCGAGCAGGAGAGUGGCACCAGCCGGGGGAGGGGUUCUGGCGCGGCGGCGGCGCCGAGAUCCCCGGGAAUGGGCCUCGCCGGGUCCGGCUGCUUUGGCGUGGACAAAAAACAGUGGCUGAGCGAGUGCAAGGCCAAGCAGUCGUUUGUGCGAGCGCUCACCAAAGACACCAACAACAGAACUGGGUGGAGAUGGAUCCGCAUCGACUCGUCCUGCGUCUGCGUGCUGCUGUCCAGAGCCAAUCAGGUGCCGGGGAGGGAGGUCCUGACUAGAACCGGGAGAGGCUGAGGGGGAGGAGGAGGAGGCAUGAAGUAGAAAGUGACUCACAGCGGAGCAGCUGUCACAUCUCACUGUGUGCACUUUCACUUUAAAAUGAUGGAAGUUAUUCCCGCCUCGGCCCUGGACCCUCCCCCUCUGUCCCACAUGACUUUUAAUAAACAAACAAACGAGAAGACCUCAACACUAGAUCUUAGAGAAAAUUGUCAUUUAUAGAGAUUCUACUUUUAAAACUGUUUUGUUUUUUGUAUGAUCUUUCAUAACCUAAGUUAUUUUUGAUUAGUAUGUAAGCAUGUGUUCGUCUUUGAUAUUAAUAUAUUCCUUUCUAUAUAUAUAUAUAUAUAUAUAUAUAUGUAUGUGUAUAUAUAUAUAUAUGUAAAAUAUGACACCCGUAUACCUUCAUGUAUGAAGCUAUGUAUAAUAUCUGUGUGUGUAUUUAUAGAAGAAGUGUCUGAUGACGAUGAUAAUUCCAGUCUCUGGUCCACUCGGGUUUGUGAGAGGAAGGAGCGCCACCUACUGAGGCUCCGAGUCACUGCUCCACACUGUAACUGUAAUUAAUGGAUUCACCGUGAAUGUGACGCGUGAUCGGUUUUAUUUGGGCAAAAAAACAACAACAUGUUUUUGGUUUUUUUUCUAAAUAAUAAUAAUAUGACACUAAAAAGAGCUAAUUUAACUUUGACAAACAUGGUAAUAAAAGAUAUUCGUACUCUUUUGUACUCUGUUUUGUACAGAUUAACAUAAAUACUGUAUCGCACAAACGCACAACUGAUGUAUUUGUUUUUAAACUUGACAUAAACAGUAAAUUGCA